UAAUGUCAGUUAGACGUAUAAUAAAACUGAAAGGAACAUCUUACAAAUAAAAUAAUAAAUUGUUAAUAAAUAUUACAAGAAUAUUACUAUACAUUAUUUCUCAAAUAAUAGUAAUAAUAAUAGUAAUAAUAAUAGUAAUAAUAAUAAUAAUAACAAUAAUAAUAGUAAUAAUAACAUAACCUUAAAGGAUAUCCUGUUUACAAAUGUGAUCAGUGACAAUGAAUUAAAUUGAGCUAUUAUUUAUAAUAUGGCAAAUAAAAAUCCAAACGAGAUAGUAUUGAGCUAUCAAAAUUCUCUACUUCGUAAUUCAGAUGUAAAUUUACUGAGAGGAGAAUAUUGGCUCAAUGAUAAUAUUAUUGGAUUUUAUCUCGAGUACUUACACGAUCAUCUAAAUGUUCCUAAUAAAAAUGAAAUACUCUAUAUUAGUCCAGAAUUAACUCAGUUAUUGAAAAUGACAAAUCCAUCACAAUACGAUAUAUUUUUAAAACCCAUUAAUGCGCAUACUAAGAAGUUUAUCUUCUUCCCAUUAAAUAAUCUGAAUCGAAAAGAUGCUGCUGGUGGAUCGCAUUGGAGCUUAUUGGUAUACUCUAAACCAGAAAAUACUUAUUUUCAUUUGGAUUCUUUUCAAGAUACCAAUGGAUCAAUAGCAUCAACUUUUACCAAUAAUCUCAUGUUAUAUUUUAAUUGUAAGAAUGAUACCAAAUUUAUUGAAAAGGAUUGCCCUCAACAAACUAAUGGAUAUGAUUGCGGUUUAUAUGUUUUAUGUUUUAUCGAUAUAAUUUCUCAUCAUGUUUUACAAAACAAUACAAUGAGAGAUUGUAAAUUAAACACUGUCGAGUUCUACGUUAAGUCUAAGCGUAUAGACUUAUUAUGUUUGAUCAAUGAAGCAAAGAAAAAAUAAAACAACAAAUGUGUUGUUUAAUACGCACUACAUGUAUAAAUGUGAUUAUUAUUACAUAUUAAUAUAUAUAUAUAUAUAUAUAUAUUAUUUCUUCCAUUUUUCUCAAACAAGUGAUACUGUUAAUCACUUCA